AUGGUCCCACCUAAAAAGACAGACCUGGCCAACCCCUUGCCGCCUCGGCCGUUCAAACCGUCAACAUCUCCGGCGGCGGUUGUGCCUCACUCGAGUUCCGUCCCAUCGACUCCAAGACAGCGUGCCCGCAAUUUCUCUUUCGAAUCCCGGGAACAGUCACCUAGCGCAAACCACAACCAUUCGCCCCGAUCUGUCUACUCUGAGACAAAUGGAACGGUGCCUUCAUUACGCCCGCUGCCGCCACCUCGGGCGCCGCCGUGCAAGUAUGAGACGGGGCUCAAGUUUUCGCGGCGAAGAAUACCCUACAACAUUGGCGAUGCCCCAUUGGACAAGGUUGAUCUCAAGACCGUGAAGGCCAAGUUGACCGAUCCGGAGCAGGAGAAACUCACAAAAGACAUGAACGAGCUGUAUGACAGGUUACAACCGACAGCGUCUAUCGAGCAAAAUCGGCAUCAACUCGUGCGGAAACUGGAGAAGUUGUUCAAUGAUGCGUGGCCAGGGCAUGAUAUCCGAGUUCAUCUAUUUGGGUCGUCUGGAAACUUGCUAUGCUCUGAUGACUCUGACGUUGAUAUCUGCAUAGUCACGCGCUGGAAGGAGCUCGAAUCAGUCUGCAAGAUAGCGGAUCUUCUGGCUAAAAAUGGCAUGGAAAAGGUGGUUUGUGUCAACUCUGCAAAGGUCCCAAUUGUCAAGAUUUGGGAUCCGGAGUUGCAGCUGGCUUGCGACAUGAAUGUCAACAACACCCUAGCGCUCGAGAACACACGCAUGAUCAGGACGUACGUGGAGAUUGAUGAUCGGAUACGACCUUUGGCGAUGAUUGUCAAGCAUUGGACGCGGCGGAGAAUUAUAAACGACGCUGCUUUCGGCGGGACGUUGAGCUCAUACACGUGGAUAUGCAUGAUCAUCGCAUUCCUGCAACUGCGUCAACCGCCUGUUGUGCCGGCACUCCAUCAGCGCCAGCACCAAAUGCUCCCUAAGAAGGAUGGGGAAAUGGCUGCGUUCGCCGAUGACCUUGAUCAACUGCGAGGGUUUGGCGAGAAAAACAAGUCAACUCUGGGCGAGUUGCUCUUCCAGUUCUUCCGUUUCUAUGCGCACGAAUUCGAUUAUGCGAACAAUGUACUCUCAAUACGACUCGGCAAGACAAUCUCGAAGCGAGAGAAGAAUUGGCACCUGGGCAUGUUGAACAACAGGCUCUGUGUUGAGGAGCCAUUCAACAACGAGCGCAACCUCGGCAACACUGCUGAUGACACAGCUUUCCGCGGUUUGCACCUUGAGCUGCGCCGGGCUUUCGACCUGAUUGCACAAGGCAAGUUGGACGAAUGUUGCGAGCAAUUCGAGUACCCCAAGGAGGAGGAGAAGAUUUUCCAGAAACCAGCUUCGACUUCUCGACCAGUCCUGCUUAGGAGCGCUUCACAGCAGCAAACGAACCGACAGGGGCGGGGCGGUAGCAGGACGAGUGGCCGGCAGCAGACUCAAUACCGAGCCAGCGGAGGCACUCAUGCCAGCAACAACAGCGCAAACCGUAGGGCGUCCUCGGGUGUGACUUUUGACGGGAAUGCGAAUGCCAUGUUCCUUGCAGCUGGGUAUCCUAUGGCAAUGGGCAUGCCAGACGCAUCGAUGUAUAUGCAACAACCGUCCCCUGAGGUCUUGGCGCACACACUGUCGCAGCUCCAGCUUCAGGAGAACAACCUGCGCUUCCUGCAGUACACCCAGUCGCAGGCGUUUGCACAGCAACAGGCGAUGGCUCAUGCGCAGAGGAUGCAGAGUUCUUCAGCUGGUCCCGCAUCGUCUGGCCGAUCAAGAACGAAUUCGUUCGACACGCCGAUGACCGCCCCAAUGCGGAACGAUGUUCGGCCUGAGAUGUAUUACUACCCACUUCAUUUCCAGGCUGCGCAGGCAUUCUACGCACAGCAUGGCUAUACGUACCCGCCAUCGCCAACACCGAGUUCCAGCAAUGAUCUGAGACGGGCGUCGCAUCGUUCAUCGGCAGCGAGUGAUGCAGCAUCAAGUCCAGCAGGCAGCACACUGAGAUCGCAGUCGCAACCCGCUUCUCGCCCGGUCAGUGGUACCAGCACGGCCCAGAGCCUGCAGAUCCCACCGUUCAGUUCGAACGGCAUCUCUGGCAGCCCUUCCAAAUUUUCGCACGGCUUGUCGGUCCCCACGCUGGCUUCAGAUGAAAGCAAUGACGUGUCCUCCAGGGCUAGCCCAUCAGCUCUCUCACCAGACGAGCGGGCGAGGACGAGCGUGCCAAAGGGGACUCUGGAUCCUGGCCCGCUCCUCGUGGGGACGUCCAGAAGCUUCCCCAGUUUGGGUGAUGAUGCCAUCCGUGGGUCGCCAGUUGGGAGAAGACGGCCAUCGGCAGACCAGUUUCCUCAGGUUGUUCUUGAUAGGAUCAACAGGUCAUCGCGCUCACCUUCUCCAUUAGAUCCUGGCCGCUCUCAAACUCGCGCCAACAGCUCUAGUCCUUUUGCUUCCACUACGUCUGGCCAGAACUCGAGUCCUGUGAAGCAAGACCCAACCCCUCUGGUCGUCAAUGGGUCAAUCUCGAUGCCCUCAGCGAAUGGUAUAGCCCGGGGUUCAAAUGCAGGAACCACAAGUCCAACGGAGUCGAUGACGGCAUAUGACAAUCCAUUACAUAUAGUGCAACGUUCCGACACGUCAGGCUCCAUAGUGCACACCCCCUCGAGUCAUUCCUCGGUGUCGGGAUACAGUCCCACUCCCGAUCGCCCAAUAGUCGUCAAUGGCACGACUCCCACGAUGUCGUACACCCCUAACUCUUCGGCUUAUACAACGUACGACUCAAUGCCGUCUAGCAACAGCAAUACAGUGCAGUGGAUUCAAGGCACAUAUGGGAAUGGACAAAAUGGCAUGAUUAAUGGCAACUUCAUGCAGUGGCCACAGUUCCCUCCUCGAGGACCACCAAAUCCACUCAUUGCUCAUCUGGACCUUGCAACACGUAACGAGGUACAAGAUGGACAGGUGCAGCACCUCUCGCCGGUCUACGAGAUGAAUAGUCCGUCGCCUACUUUGGCCCGCACCGUAGAAGUGGCUGCCGCACAGUCCAGCCCCCGACCAGCUAUGCAGGUUCCGAACAAGCCCGACAACAAACCGGAGCAGGGCAGACCGAAGCAGAAGCAAUCGGCGGAACGUCCCGAAAAUCAUCAGGCCACAAAUCCACGCAUCAACGGGCUGGCUCGUGAGAAUGGGCACACUAGGGGCGCCAAGAGCGAGAGUGACAACGUGGCUGGUGGCGGCGGCGGCGGCUGGCAGAAGAUCUCGAAAGGGAAGAAGAAAGGCGGCGACGUCAGGGUCAAGAGCGAGCCCCAGUCACAGCGUGAAGAACUGCCCAAGGAUGAGUCUGAAAGAAAAGGCGGCUGA